AUGGGCGAGACCAAGAUCAUCUACCACCUGGACGGGCAGGAGACGCCGUACCUGGUGAAGCUGCCCCUGCCCGCCGAGCGCGUCACCCUGGCGGACUUUAAGGGCGUCCUGCAGCGGCCCAGCUACAAGUUCUUCUUCAAGUCCAUGGACGACGAUUUCGGAGUGGUGAAGGAGGAGAUCUCAGAUGACAAUGCCAAGCUGCCCUGCUUCAAUGGCCGGGUGGUGUCCUGGCUGGUGUCAGCUGAAGGCUCGCACCCAGAGCCAGCUCCCUUCUGUGCUGAUAACCCAUCGGAGCUGCCGCCUCCCAUGGAGCGCACAGGAGGCAUCGGGGACUCCCGGCCGCCGUCCUUCCACCCUCAUGCUGGUGGGGGCAGCCAGGAGAACCUGGACAACGACACAGAGACGGACUCCUUGGUGUCUGCCCAGCGGGAGCGGCCUCGCAGGAGGGACGGCCCAGAGCACACGACCCGGCUAAACGGAACUGCAAAAGGGGAGCGGCGGCGAGAGCCCGGGGGUUAUGACAGCUCGACCACCCUCAUGAGCAGCGAGUUGGAGACCACUAGCUUCUUUGAUUCCGAGGAGGACGACUCCACCAGCAGGUUCAGCAGCUCCACAGAGCGGAGCAGCGCCUCACGCCUGAUGAGAAGACACAAGCGGCGGCGGCGGAAGCAGAAGGCCCCCCGGAUCGAGCGGUCCUCAUCCUUCAGCAGCAUCACGGACUCCACUAUGUCACUCAACAUCAUCACGGUCACUCUCAACAUGGAAAAGUAUAACUUCUUGGGCAUCUCCAUUGUGGGCCAAAGCAACGAGCGCGGUGACGGAGGCAUCUACAUUGGCUCCAUCAUGAAGGGUGGGGCCGUGGCUGCCGAUGGACGCAUCGAGCCCGGAGAUAUGCUGUUACAGGUAAACGAGAUCAACUUUGAGAACAUGAGUAAUGACGACGCAGUCCGGGUACUGCGGGAGAUUGUGCACAAACCAGGGCCCAUCACCCUGACUGUAGCCAAGUGCUGGGACCCAAGUCCACGUGGCUGCUUCACAUUGCCCAGGAGCGAGCCCAUCCGGCCCAUUGACCCUGCGGCCUGGGUCUCCCACACUGCAGCCAUGACUGGCACCUUCCCUGCCUACGGCAUGAGCCCCUCCCUGAGCACCAUCACCUCCACCAGCUCCUCCAUCACCAGCUCCAUCCCUGACACAGAGCGCCUAGACGACUUUCACCUGUCCAUCCACAGCGACAUGGCUGCCAUUGUGAAAGCCAUGGCCUCCCCUGAAUCCGGGCUGGAGGUCCGCGACCGAAUGUGGCUCAAGAUCACCAUCCCCAACGCUUUCAUCGGCUCGGAUGUGGUGGACUGGCUGUACCACAACGUGGAAGGCUUCACUGACCGGCGAGAAGCCCGCAAGUAUGCAAGCAACCUGCUGAAAGCUGGCUUCAUCCGCCACACUGUCAACAAGAUCACCUUCUCCGAGCAGUGCUACUACAUCUUCGGCGACCUCUGCGGCAACAUGGCCAACCUGUCCCUCCACGACCACGACGGCUCCAGCGGUGCCUCCGACCAGGACACACUGGCCCCUUUGCCGCACCCGGGGGCCGCCCCUUGGCCCAUGGCGUUUCCCUACCAGUAUCCGCCACCCCCGCAUCCCUACAACCCGCACCCAGGCUUCCCGGAGCUGGGGUACAGCUACGGCGGGGGCAGUGCCAGCAGCCAGCACAGUGAAGGCAGCCGGAGCAGUGGCUCCAACCGCAGCGGCAGCGACCGGCGGAAGGAGAAAGACCCGAAGGCCGGAGACUCCAAGUCGGGCGGCAGUGGCAGCGAGUCGGACCACACAACCCGCAGCAGCAGCCUGCGGGGGCCCCGGGAGCGGGCGCCCAGCGAGCGCUCGGGGCCCGCCGCCAGCGAGCACAGCCACCGCAGCCACCACUCGCUGGCCAGCAGCCUGCGCAGCCACCACACGCACCCGAGCUACGGCCCCCCCGGGGUGCCCCCUCUCUACGGCCCCCCCAUGCUGAUGAUGCCCCCGCCGCCCGCGGCCAUGGGACCCCCAGGAGCCCCCCCAGGCCGCGACCUGGCCUCGGUGCCCCCUGAACUGACUGCCAGCAGACAGUCCUUCCGCAUGGCCAUGGGAAACCCCAUUCACAGGAGCAUGGGAUCUGGAGUCAAGUUGUUCUGGGUUGAAUCCCAGCUCUACUACUUUUUGGUUGUGUGA